CAGGCGCGGGGCACGCUGGUUACGCGCGGGGCUCUGUGACCGCGUGACCCUGCGACCCGAGUCCCCGCGCAGUCAUGGCGGCGGUCAGGGCCUUGGUGGCGUCCAGGCUACGCGCGGCCUCCGCGUUCGCGCCGCUUCACGCGUCCACCCCACGCGCGGCCCUCCACGGCUCGGCGCCGCGCCCGGGGGCCAGGGUCGCGCUGGUGCUGUCUGGAUGUGGCGUCUACGAUGGGACUGAGCUCCACGAGGCCUCAGCGGUGUUGGUCCACCUGAGCCGUGGCGGGGCCAAGGUCCAGAUCUUCGCUCCUGACAUCCCUCAGAUGCACGUGGUCGACCACACCAAGGGGCAGCCUUCCGAGAGCGAGACCAGGUCUCUGUUCUCUCCCAGGAACGUCCUGACGGAGUCUGCGAGGAUCGCCCGCGGCAAGAUCACCGACCUGGCCCGGCUCAGCGCGGCCGAUCACGACGCUGCCAUCUUCCCUGGAGGCUUCGGGGCCGCUAAGAACCUGAGCACAUUCGCCGCUGACGGGAAGGACUGCAGGGUCCACGGGGAUGUGGAGCGGGUCCUGAAGGAGUUCCACGCAGCCGGCAAGCCCAUCGGCUUGUGCUGCAUCGCUCCUGUCCUCGCGGCCAAAGUGCUCCAUGGCGUUGAGGUCACCGUGGGCCACGAGCAGGAGGAAGGCGGCAGGUGGCCCUACGCAGGGACCGCGGAAGCCAUCAAAGCACUGGGUGCCAAGCACUGCGUGAAGGGAGUGACCAUAUCCUUUCCGGCAGCCGGGGGCAGCAGUGUGUGGUGCGGGGGCCCGUCCUCUGACAUUGGGGACUGACGCAGGCAGGCAGCAUCGAACUAGGGUCUGUGCUGCUGGGGCUUCUGGGGACAUGUGCAUGACGGGUGUCACACCUGCUGCCGUGGCGUGCCCAGGCCUCGACCCCCACGGGGCCACCUGGUCAGCCAAGUGCAUGGCCUCAGGCUCCAUGGGGUCAGGUUUCUGGGCGGGGGUGGGGGGAGCAGGCUGCCUGGCUUGGCUGGGAGCUCCCUGGGCACCGUGGAUGGGGAGCCAUCCCACGUGGCCUUGUGGGAUGCUGGUCCUCCUGUGGGUGCCCGGUACUGUGCGCACAGAGCCUCGGGCCACAGGCCGACCGCAUUCCGGCUCCACGGCUGGACCCAGACUCUCCACGUGGGCCAGGGUUGAGGAGCAGAGUGGCACGGUGUCCCCCAGGAAUUUGGAGACAACACCGUGUCCCUCUGGGUGUCCGUCUCAAAGCUGCCUUUCUCUCCUCGUGGGCGGUUUCCGGUGCGGCACUCUGUCUCCCCCCUAUGCAAAGCGGGGCAGAGCCCACAGCCAUCCGGGUGGGCUGGCCACGCGGCCUUGGGGUUGGGCGCAGGAGGGCGCAUGUUGUUAGCAUGGGACAGGCCCAGGCCUGUGCCUGCUGGUAUCUGGGUGACCGGGACAGGAAUGUGGCUCGUGUAGAGGGAGGUCCCGGGUUGGCCUGUUGCUGUGGGUGAGCUCUGCUCUCCGUACGCUUCUGCCCACUGCAGGUUGGUGUGGGGCGGCAGGGGCCGGGCUGGACGCUUCGCGCCUGCGAUCUCCUAGUCCUUGCUACAUGACGCGUUUCCAUAACUUCUGUGCACGAAGCUCACGUGGACCAGAAGAACAAGGUGGUCACGACCCCGGCCUUCAUGUGCGAGACGGAGCUCCACCACAUCCAUGACGGGAUCGGGGCCAUGGUGAAGAAGGUGCUGGAACUCUGUCAGAAGUGACCGUGCCGCCGGCCCCGCGUCCUCCACCAGGUGGAGCUGGCGGCCCAUGUGCCCCUGCCCCUGGCUGCGGGCAGGAAUCCACUUGUAGGCACCUCUGCCCGAAGAGGAGGCAUCCUUGGGCUCAGGCUGGUCGGUCUCCCGUGUGACUGGAGAGUGAAGCGGGGCCUGCUGGUUCAGGAAGAGAAUUCGGGAGGCGUUGCCCCACGGUGUUCCGUGUGGCCUUGGGAUGCUUGGCACUCGGGAGGGAAGAAUUGUUUUGAGUUUAUGAAUCUAGUAGUUAGGAAACUGAAUUAUCACGCUUACUGGUAACUGAAAGUUCUGUAACCCAGAGUAAACGUGCACUAAAACGGAAAAGGGUUGCGUUGAGGCCGGGGAGAAUAAACUCUUUUCCCAGAUGGACA